GUCCGAUCCAUAUUCCUACGGCCGCUUUCGCAGCUUUUCGGCAACUGCGUUCCUGAGAGCUGGUUGUGGAAACCUUGCGUAGCUUCAGAAAUUGAGAAACACUUGUAUAAGGCUGUGGACAUGAACCCAAGUAGAAAGCUUACAAAAAUCGCUCAGACAGGUCAAGGGUCAAAUGUUUGCGGAGAUGACGGGUCCAAAUCAAAUGUGUACGGUAAACGCAAACAACAGUGUGUCCAGGCAAAGAGGGCGCUUGAACGUGGGAAAAGGGGAAUGCCACUCCAUCAGAGUCAGCUUUACUCCGAAUAUGGAUACCCGGCCGUUUAUGCAGCCACCAAAUCAAGGAUGAGUGCGCCGAAAGUCCUAAAACGUUCCCAAUAA